AUGACGUGCCGAAUCUCGAAUCUCUACUGGGCAAACGCGAAGAGGAUGCGUGAUCACUGGAUCAGACGCGGUUUGGUUACUCCUAGUGGCAACAGACAACCAAAACCUGCCUAUCGCUCCCUCAUACGAUUCAGCCUUUGCGCAUUGUCUCUUCAACAAACCGCCAAGCUGCUGCCCAUCAGGUCCAUAGUCCGCCCGAACCUCCUUCGGAGCAUCACCACCGCCACCACCACCACCGCUGCCGCCGCCGUCAUCAAGAUGCAGCCCGUCUCUGCCCAGACCUACACUCCCACCGAGGAGGUCGAGAUCCAGCAGUGGCUCACCACCGCCUCGCGCGUCGAGGAGCACGCCAAGGCCAACUCUGCCGACGACGCCCAGCUCCGUCCCAUCCUCGACACCGUCAACUCCCACCUCAGCACCCGCACCACCCUCCUCGGCAACAAGCCCAGCCGCGCCGACACCGCCCUCUAUGCUGCCGUCCGACCCCUAGUGGCCUGCUGGUCUGCGGACCAACGUACCGGCCAGAACGGCUACCCGCACAUCGUCCGCCAUCUCGACUUCGUCCAGAACACGCCCGCCGCCUUCGACCUCGCCGUCUCGGACCCGGACAAGAUCGCCGUGGACCUGGACGACGUCCGCUACGUCAAGCCCCCCGUCGACGCCAAGGCCGAGAAGGAGCGUCUCAAGAAGGAGAAGGAGAAGGCUGCUGCUGCUGUCGACGGCGAGCCAGCUGCCCUCCCCGAUCGCACCAAGGAGAAGAGGGAGAACAACAACAACAACAACAACAACAACAACAACAACAACAACAACAACAAGGCCCCUCAGGCGGGCGCGGCCGCAGCCCAAGGCAACAACAACGCCAAACCAAAGAAGGAAAAGAAAGAAAAAGCCCCCAAGCAGCCCAAGGCCCCCGCCGCCGCCGCCGCCGCCGCACCCCUCUCCCCCUCCCUCAUCGACCUGCGCGUCGGCCACAUCCUCAAGGCCGUCAAGCACCCGGAAGCCGACUCCCUCUACGUCUCGACCAUCGCCAUGGGCGACCCAGCCGGCGACGACACCACUGAGUACGAGGGCCAGGUCUGCCGCACCGUCUGCUCGGGCCUCAACGGCCUGAUCCCGCUCGAGGACAUGCAGGACCGCAAGGUCGUCGUCGUGUGCAACCUGAAGCCCGUCAAGAUGCGCGGCAUCAAGUCGUCCGCCAUGGUCCUCGCCGCGUCGCCCCGCCUCCGGGAGGGCGAGGCCGACGACCACAAGGGCCCCGUCGAGCUGGUCACCCCGCCUGCCGACGCCAAGGCCGGCGACCGCGUCUUCUUCGACGGCUGGAAGGGCGAGCCCGAGGGCGUGCUGAACCCCAAGAAGAAGGUGUGGGAGACCAUCCAGCCGGGCUUCACGACCACCGAGGACCUUUCUGUUGCUUUUGAUGCCGCCGUCGUCAAGGACCUGGGCAAGGAGGGUGUGGGGAAACUGGUGACCGAGGCGGGUGGCGUCUGCACCGUUCCCUCGCUCAAAGGUGCCGUGGUUCGACCAUAUGUGCCCGUCUCUAUCACAUCACCAUCCCACAAGAUUGUCCGCUCGGCCACCGAAGAAAUUCUUCAAACUUCUGAAUCCAUCCUCCGAAUCUCGCCCGAGGCAGAAAGGCACAGGGCAAUCCAGACAAGCCCUUCUGCCCCCGGUAGUAUGCUCCCCAGAAUCAUGAAAUCAACAUGCAACAUGCUAGUCCUUGCUCACAUCCAACUCUCACUUUGA